AUAAAAUUAUUAUAAGUUGUUUUAAAACUGUAUAAUUUAAAUUAGAAAUAUUUUUUUAAAUCUUUGUGCGCAACCAAACUGGCGCAGUAAAGUAAAUCCACUAGUCGCGAUCAAAACAUGGAGGGUACCGGAGCUUACGGCGGUGGUAAAGCUGGGGGCUCUUUUGAUCCGAUUUCUUUCGUUCAAAGGCCCCCCGUAAUUCUACGGGCAGUUUGUUGGCUCUUCUCCAUAAUAGUAUUCGGCUGCAUCUCUUCUCAAGGAUGGCAACCGGACAAAAAGGGCAACCUCGUUUGUUUGUACAACGGUGACACCAACGCCUGUAACUAUGGAGUCGGUAUCAGCGUUAUCGCUUUUUUGGCCAGUAUGGGACUUCUGGCUGGCGAGUAUCUUUUCGAGCAAAUGUCUUCGGUUAAAACAAGAAAACACUUUGUUUUGGGCGAUUUAGCGUUUUCAGCUUUCUGGGCCUUUUUAUAUUUCGUCGGCUUUUGGUACUUGUGCAACCAAUGGGCAAAAUCGGACCCACCAGCAAAUGGUAUUGGAUCGAGCAACGUCAGGGCGGCAAUAGCGUUUUCUUUCUUUUCGAUUUUUUCUUGGGGUGGUAGUGCCUUUUUGGCAUUCCAACGAUUCAAGCAAGGCGCCGACGCGGCAUUUUCUUCAAACUUUGAGGCCGACAACAUGCAAUCGGCGUAUCCUUCUUAUCCCGGAGGUCCCGACACGGAUCAGCCCUACCAGGAGCCUCCGUUUUCCACGGGACCCAAUACAAGGGGCCCAGCAGAUUUCCAGGCGCCCACCUAUUAAAAAAUGUCAGCUGACAGCUGCCCGAUACCAAAAAAUAUUGAGAGCGAUUUUAUAUUAUCGGCUCCAAGUUUUUUUUUUCUAUUUAUUUGUACUUAGAGUGGGGUGUCCCAAUAUUAAUUGUUACGUUUGUUAUUUUUCCGAGUAUUUUUUACCAAGUUUUUUAAAAAAUUUAAACGAGCCCAAAGUGUUGAAAAAUAAAAUGAUAAUUAUUAUAGAUAUUGUUCAAUGUACAGUAAAUGUCUAAAAAUGCAAGAAAACAUAAUAAUUAUGUAUUUAGAUUUAUGAAUAUCGGCUUAUCGUAGAUUGUAUUGUAAAGGUGCUUUUUAUAAUACUUUUGUGCUCUGAUGUAAAAUCCCCCAUUAUUGUAUAUAAUAUGAAAAUUUCCCGUUUUGAUUUUCCUUUAUAAUAGUUGAGCUUGAUUAGUAAAUAUUGAACUGUCCCUACUAAAAUAUUCUACAAGAAUCUCGUCUAAAAUUAAAAUCUCAUUUGUAUAUUAUUGCAAUAUUACCAACCUCGAAAUAACAAAAUAAUGUAAGUAUAAAUGGAUUAGUUUGUGAUUUUUUUUUAUGUGAUUGUAUUGAAAAUUGUUACAAAUAAUUACCGUGGCCAUAUUAGUAUGUUGUUAAUUUUCUCAAAUAAAUAAAAGUUAAAGAUAAGGGACAAGAUUUACAUAACUGUGAGGCACAUACAUUACGUAUUUUCUUUUUUUUUUUUAAUUGUUAGCAGCCAUUAACUUUUGGGGUGAGUGCAAACAAUAUUUUCAUUUGGGGGUAAAGUAGUUUCCGAGUAAAAAAAUAAUUUAUUGUAGCAAUCUAUGGUAUGGAACAUUUCAGAAAGUUUUUUACAGGGUAAGCAAUUUUCAAAGUUACAAUUUGAUUUCCUGAAAAAAAACAAAAUUUAUUUAAUUUCCAGCACAUAUCCGAACGAAAAAUUGUAUUUUUGUAGAACCAAAAAAUUCAUUUGGUUGGUACUUAUAGAAAAACCAGAAAUAGUUAUAGUUAAGGAUAUUUUCUAAAACCAUAAAUGCGUUUAUAAUUAUUAUUAAAAAAAAAAACGUAGGUGGUGUUAUGUAGUUGAAAAAAAAGAGUUGUUCCUGUCUGUGUAAAACUUAGCACUAGUUAUGUAAAAUACUCUGUUUCAGCAAUAAUAAGAGAAAUGACCCCAAAAAAAUGUUGAGGAUUCUAUUUUAUUUUUAUUUAUUAUUUUUUUUGAUCUGUUCACUUUUGUCCUGAAGAAGUAUUAUCUUUUAUUUUGUUGAUUGUAUUAGUUUUUGAGUUACCAAUAAAUGUUAAUAAUAAUGUC